GACCGGCCAACUCGUGCCAGGCGGCCCGGGCGGGGAGGGGAGGGCGCUGCAGCUCCAGCUCCGCCUGUCCCGGCCUGGCCCCCGGCUCCACGGACAGGCAGCGCGGCGAGCAUGGCAGGGACACUGCCCCCCCACAUCGACCUCCGGGAGCCGCGAUGGGACCAGAGCACCUUCGCCGGGCGCGCCCGGCACUUCUUCAUGGUCACCGACCCCCGCAACCUGCUGCUGUCGGGCGCCACGCUGGAGGAAGCCCGCCGGCUGGUCCAGGAUUACAGGGCCGGGAAGGUGUCCGCAGGCGUGACCGAGGACCAGCUGUGGCGGGCGAAGUACAUCUACGACUCGGCUUUCCACCCCGACACGGGCGAGAAGAUGGUGUUGGUCGGGCGCAUGUCGGCGCAGGUGCCCAUGAACAUGACCAUCACGGGCUGCAUGCUCACCUUCUACAGGACCACGCCAGCAGUGCUCUUCUGGCAGUGGGUGAACCAGUCAUUCAACGCCAUCGUGAACUACACCAACCGCAGUGGCGAUGCCCCCAUCACCACCGGGCAGCUGGGCACGGCCUACGUGAGUGCCACCACGGGUGCGGUGGUGACGGCGCUGGGGCUCAAGUCCCUCACCAAGCACUUGCCGCCCAUCAUAGGCCGCUUUGUGCCCUUUGCGGCCGUGGCUGCCGCGAACUGCAUCAACAUCCCCUUGAUGAGGCAGAGGGAGCUCAAGCUGGGGAUCCCCAUCCUGGACGAGGACGGGAACCGGCUGGGGGAGUCGCGGGCGGCUGCCCGCCAGGCGAUCGCCCAGGUGGUUGUGUCCCGCAUUGGCAUGGCCGCCCCUGCCAUGGCCAUCCCCCCCGUGAUCAUGAAUGCGCUGGAGAAGAGAGCCUUCCUCAAGCGUUACCCCUGGAUGAACGCGCCCCUGCAAGUGGGGCUGGUGGGGCUCUGCUUGGUCUUCGCGACGCCGCUGUGCUGCGCCCUCUUCCCGCAGAAAAGCACAACCCUGAAUGUCAGCCGCCCCGUGUCCUGGGAAGGUAGAAGGAGGAAAGGAGGAUUUUCCCUCGCAGUAAGCGGGGAGUGGCGCCGGCUCUUUGUUCUGCUCCCGGUAAGCAGCUUACAGACUUGACUUCCGCUUUCCGGCAGAAAUUGUACUUACCGUAUUUCUGGCAUAUAACACGCAUUGCAAUGUUUCAGCAGCUGGUUCUUUGGGAGGGAAAUGCGCCUUCUUUGCAGGAGAAUAUGGUCAAU